AAUAAGUUGUAGCUCGUCUUGUCUUCUCUAUAAGGACGCUGAGGGGAAAAAAAAAAAAAAAAAAAAAAAAAAAAAAAACGCCAUCAAAAGACGCGAGCAUGGCGGUGUUAAAAAGAAGAAAAUGGUGGUUUUGUGUCGGGGUGUUCCCCCUCGUAGUGGCCGUGGUGUGCGCACAAAGCGUCGGUGUGAAUGAUCCCAGCAAUAUGCCUUUGGUUAAAGAAACGGUGGAUAGGCUGCUGAACGGUUAUGAUAUACGACUGAGGCCAGAUUUCGGAGGAGCACCAGUGGGAGUGGGCAUGAAUAUAGACAUCGCCAGCAUAGACAUGGUGUCAGAAGUCAAUAUGGACUACACACUGACGAUGUACUUCCAGCAGGCCUGGCGAGAUAAGCGCUUGUCCUAUUCAGAGAUUCCCCUCAACCUGACCUUAGAUAACCGCGUGGCCGACCAGCUGUGGGUGCCUGACACCUACUUCCUCAACGACAAGAAGUCUUUCGUCCACGGUGUCACUGUGAAAAACAGAAUGAUCCGACUGCACCCGGAUGGUACUGUGCUCUAUGGGCUCAGGAUCACCACUACUGCUGCUUGUAUGAUGGACCUCAGAAGGUAUCCACUGGAUGAGCAAAACUGCACAUUGGAGAUUGAGAGUUAUGGUUACACAACAGACGACAUUGAGUUCUACUGGCGAGGAGGCAACAAUGCUGUGACAGGUGUGGACAAGAUUGAGUUGCCACAGUUCUCCAUUGUCGAUCACAAGCUCAUCUCCAAGAACGUCGUCUUCUCGACAGGAGCUUACCCACGCCUUUCCUUAAGUUUUAAGCUUAAGAGAAACAUUGGAUACUUCAUCCUGCAAACAUACAUGCCUUCAAUCCUUAUCACCAUUCUCUCCUGGGUCUCCUUUUGGAUCAACUAUGACGCGUCUGCUGCCAGAGUGGCUCUAGGUAUUACCACGGUGCUGACCAUGACUACCAUCAACACCCAUCUGAGAGAAACCCUUCCCAAAAUCCCCUAUGUCAAAGCUAUUGACAUGUACCUCAUGGGUUGCUUCGUCUUUGUCUUUCUGGCCCUACUGGAGUACGCGCUUGUCAACUACAUCUUCUUUGGACGGGGCCCUCAGCGUCAGAAGAGGGCCGCUGAGAAGACGGCUACAGCCAACAAUGAAAAGAUGAGAAUGGAUCCAAACAAGUGGCUGGUGGGCAAUGUCGUUGGCCGAGAUGACACCUUGUAUGCGAGGAUGAAACAAAGGGAUCUGGAUGGUCAUGACUCAAUGUGGGAACCAAUCUUUAUGGACGAUGCUACCAUUGGACUCAGCGACCAAAAGAAUAAGCAGAUGGACCCACAUGAAAACAUCUUGCUGAGUACUUUAGAUAUCAAGAACGACAUGGGAAUUUCAGAGCUGGCUUUGGGUCUCAAUGACCCGCGGAACACCAUGCUAACAUACGACAGCUCCACCCUGCAGUAUCGCAAAGCAGGGCUGGCCCGCCACAACUUUGGCCGAAACACGUUGGAGCGCCACAUGACUCAGAAGAAGAGUCGACUAAGGAGGCGCACCUCGCAGCUCAAGAUUAACAUUCCAGACUUGACUGAUGUAAACUCCAUAGACAAGUGGUCGCGGAUGAUCUUCCCAACUGUCUUCUCCUUUUUCAACAUUGUUUACUGGCUUUAUUACGUCAACUAGGACACCAAACUAAAAAAAAAAAAAAAAAAGUUGCUAAUUUAUUCUUUGUAUUUUAUUCGUGUUAUUUUUGUGUCUCUCAACAUUGAUCGACAAACAACACCCAGGACUGCAUUCAUCAUAUCUUUUAAUACCACUUUUGCUGACUUACCAUACACACACAAAAAAAAAAAAAACUUAGAGAAACAUAAAACAUAAAAGGUGCCUGUUCUAAAAAAAAUAUUUUUCUUUAAUCACACAUUUUGUGAUUUAUGUUUUUCGUAUGCUGUACAUAUAUAUUUUUUGAAUUAUUUGCAGUGCAGUCAGUUAUUGCCAAAAGUUAUAUUCAAAAGGAAAUGUUAAAUUAAAUUUAGUUGUUUAACUGUUGUGUGGUUUAAAACUGAUGAAACAGGUAUCAGGUCAUCAGACGUGCAAAAUUAUUAUUUUACUUGGCAUUAUUUAAAAAAAUAUUUUCUAUUGAUCUAUACUGAAAAAAACACACUUACCGUUUAUAUAAUUCUGAUCAAAUUUGCUGGAAUCUCUUUAUUUCCCAAAAAAUAAUCAAGAGAAGACCUUUAAUUUCCAUUAACUAGUAGUGCUGUGCAAAUUGUGUCAAAUUAAUGUUUCUAUAAUGUCACAUAACCUCAUACUAUGACUACUACUAUGUGAAAAGAGUAGUUUUGCACACACGUGCAUCAAAGCACAAAUAAUAUCAAAUUAGUAGUUGUUUUUUUAAACGCCGACGAUUUUUACUCAUUGUGCUCAUAAGUCUGUGAUUAGUUCCCCAAUCUGAUCAUAAACAGUAAGAAAACAAUUUAAUUAUAUACUGUAAUUAAAAUACAAUAGUUAUUUGUACUUUUAAUUAUUUGUUUUUUUUAAGUUACUUAGAAAAGGGAUUUUAUAAAAUAUUUUGCACACACGAUCUUAAAAGCCAUAAAGGCUGCAUCAUUGUUGUAAUGGUGCUUAUAAAGGUUAGAAAAUUUACUGAUUUACAUUACAUCCAGUAUAACACUAUUUGCAUACCAUUACUAGAUUUGUUUUUUAAUUGUACAAAAGAAGCAAGGUUUUUGAAUAUCUUCCCAAAAUCAUAUUUUGGAUGUACUAAAAACUUUUGACUUGGUAUAUGGUAUGGCUUAAUGGGAUUUAAAGGUAAGCAUUUAGUAUUUCAGGUGUCUACAAAAACAGCCACAGUGCACUGCAUGCCUAUAAAUGACUAAUUUGUUAAAUGACUAAUUUCCAUCUGAAUAUUACUUGUAGUUAUCGUUUUAUUUUUCUGGAGAGAACAUUCUGGGACCGAGGUUAAUAACUCUGCUGAUAGAAAUCAAUGGAUAUUUUCAAAUGACCCUUGAAGCUGGUGUUUACGUAUCAAUCAUUGGGGAUAUACAUCCUUAACCUGUGCUAUUCAAGUCACUGACAUUUGGCAAGUGAUAAUUUAACUGCUUUUGUCGAUAAUUUAAAAUUACAAAAUAAAACAAAAAAACAUUUAAAACAGGCCUUUCUGGUAAAUGUGUUGAUUUUGUAGAUCAUAUAGUGAGUUGUGUUAAGAAGUAAAUAUCAUAAUCAUAAAUGUUUUAUGUAGGGGAGGUACAAUUUAAAGCUAAUUUUGAGAGCCAUCAAUUCCAGUAUGUAAAUAUCAAACAUACAUGUAACGUUACGAAUCAGUUGAAUCAUAUAACCGCUGUAAAUAAACACACAUACAGUAAGCUUUCUACAGAAUUGAACAUAAGAUUUUCACUAACAUUUAUACUGUGACAUAAAUAGAAUGCCUAGUCAAAUGCUAAACAAUGUAUACAGUAUAUUUUGAAUUGUCACGUUUGCAUUUUGUUUCUGUUGCUUUGUUUGUUUGUUUUGUUGCCAAAAUCUAACAUGUAAUCAUGAAUGUAGAAGAUGUUUCUUUGCAGUAAUGUGGCAGUAAACAUAGUACAAUUAGUUGUAUCAAGGAUCACCGAAAUGCAGCCUCAUUUACACCCUUUUCAUUUAUUUGCAAAUGGGUGAUGAGAUGGAGUAGCCCAAAAUUCCAAUCAUCUCAGGUCAGCACAAUGUACACUACUAACAAUAUUACUAUUUGACAUAAAAUGCCACAAAAAGACAACUUGUUUCAGAUGUCUCUGUUGGAGAUUAUUGUUUUUUUAUCGUACCUUUGUUUAAAAGUGUUUUGCUAUACACAGUAGCUUUUCAUGGAUAAAAUGUCUGACAUUAGAAAUCCAUCUCAUGUGCUAUUGACAAACUAUAAAUAUAUCUUAAACAUGACUAACAAUUAUUUACAAAUAUUAGAGCCACACUGGAAAGAAAAUGCUCCUUGGAUAUAUUCACAACAUUUUGAACUGCAUUUUCGAGGAAAUCUUUUUUGGGGGGGGGGUGAUUUAAAAACUAGUAAUCUUAUAAAAAUAACAAACAAACAAUGAAAUGUUUUGACACACUGAGACCAUGUUCAGUACGAACAGUUUAAUGUGAUGGUUGCAGACCUUUGUCUGUUCCUACUAUGAACUAAAAAAUUGUAAUUAUGUUACAUAAUUGGCUUUAUGGCUCUGUAGUGAAAGAUAGCAGCUGCUGGCUUCUAUUGAAUUUAGGCUUGAGAGGGAAUUUUUCACUCCACAAAAAAUUAUGAAUAUUCUUGUAAGAUUACAACGUUCUUCUUUAAAAAGAAAAUUGCUUUUCUUUGGAAAAUUACAACUUUUUCCGAAUUUUGUUACUUGUUUUCCCUCAUAAUUUUUUUUUUUUUUUUUUUUUAAUUUUAUUUUCAAUGUGGCCCUAAAACUUCUUUGUAAUUUUUAGUGUAUGAAGGAUAACAAGGUGUAUUUACAGUGACAGUGUGCCAUGGAUGUGUAUUGGCAACAGUCAGAUUUCUGUCUUUUUUUUUUUUUUUUUUUUUUUUAAAAGAGUACACUGGCAUGUAAGGUCUCAUUCCUAAGUUCUACACUUUAAAGUAUUUUUACUUCACACCAUUUUUGUUUCAUAUAUUUUUAUACUUGUGUAAAAAAAAAAAAAAUAAAAAUAAAAAAAAUAGCGCAAAGACUGCUCUUUGGCAAAACCUUGUAAAUCCAAAUUUCACAUAUUUCUACUAUACAAAAUGAAUAUACUGUAUAUUGUCUUCUAGGGCUCUGAAAGCUGAACAACAUGUAUGCUCUUGAAAGACUUUCAGAUACCCUUGUAUAAAGUUCAGAGAUUAUUUGUGGUUGUGAAUAGAUUGCAAAUGGCUCUUGAGGUUUGUGAAAAUGUUUUGGAAUCGUCUCUGGGGGAGAAUGGACAUACUGACAUGCUAAAAGCUUAAAUGACUCAUCUUGGUGACAGUGUACUUUUGCACACACUCACAGAAGAAGCCUUAGACUCGUGCUGCCCUGGACUUUUAAUCCGAGCGGCGUCAAUCCUUCUUACCUUCUCAACACCGUCCACCUCGACAAAUCUUUGUAUGUGCCCCUCACAAGAACAUUCCCAGGAACUCUGAGCUGUAACACUCUCAAAGAUAUGCCCUGUAAAAGCCAAUGUCUGUCUUUACAAUAGAAACCCAUAGAAAACAUACUGUACCUUCAUCAAUAAAUAUUGUAUACAG